AUGGCUUCCUCGAAUCUCAAAAUCCUCACAAAGUCUCACAUUAUUGUGGCGGCGAAGAAGCGUGCUAAACGAGAGCAAGUCAAGGAAGUUGUGUUUGAUGACGAGGCUCGCAGGGAAUUUCUGACCGGAUUUCACAAGAGAAAAUUGCAGAAGAAGGAAGACGCUAAGAAGAAGGCACAGGAAAGAGAGAAGAAAGUGCGGUUGGAAGCUAGACGUGAGCAACGCCACAUGCUAGCCCAGCGUGCAGCACUGAAUGCUGCGGAGACGGAGAAGGCAUACGGUGGCCAUAUAGACGACCAAGACAGUGAGACAGAUUGGACUGGACUUGCAAACAGAAGCAGGAACGGUGCAAGAAAUGAAACUGGGCAAGAAGAACAGUAUGAAUAUGAUGAACAUGUCGCGACCGUGACCGUCGUAGAAGACUUUGACCCCGAUGACCUCAUUCAUGGCCCGGACAAAGCUGAGCGCACAGGCGAUCCAACAGAUGACCCAUCGAAUUCCGACGGUACUAUUCUUCGCACGCGUCACACGAGAAGUUCAUUGGGAGGCAAUUCAAGGACAAAACACACGAGGCCCAUCGAGCGAACGAAAGCUAGGAUCAAGAAUACCGUUAAAUCGAAGGAUGUUAAGUAUCAGACCAGUGCGGCUCGAAAGGCAGAGCGAAUGAAGCAAGGGAGAAGAAAGACAGAAAAGGCGGAGCGAGCUGGAGGGAAAGCGUCGAGGAGAAGUGAGACUCUGCGGAGAAAACGGUGA